AUGGCUGUCGUAACACCGCCAUCCUCUACCUCGACCUGGGCCGGCCACCCUCGCAUCCGCGGCAGCACCGAGUCCAUCCGCCUCUUCCUCCUCACCCUCUCUCUCAUCGGCCUGCAAUUCUGCUGGGGCACAGAGCAGACCUAUGCGACACCUUACCUCCUUGCGCUCGGACUGUCGAAGGGCAAGAUGAGCCUGGUGUGGAUUGCGGGGCCUUUGAGUGGACUGAUCAUGCAACCUAUUAUUGGCAUGAUCAGUGAUAAGAGCACGAGUAGGUACGGAAGGAGAAGGCCGUUUAUGGUGGGUGGCACGAUUGCGGUUGCGGCGUGUUUGCUGGUGCUUGGGUGGGCUGAGGAUUUGGUGGGGUGGUGGGUUGUGGAGGAGAGUAGGAGGAAAGAGAUUACGGUCAUGGUGGCUGUUUUUGACAUCUACGUGUUGGACUUUGUGAUCAACAUAGCACAAGCCACUUGUCGAGCGCUAGUUGUCGAUGCUCUACCUGUGCACCAGCAGCAGCUUGGUGCGGCUUGGGUGGCUAGGAUGGUUGGCGUCGGCCACAUGCUGGUCUUCGGGUUUGGCGCUCUCGACUUGAAUGCUAUCCUACCUAGCGCGCUAUUCGGCAACACACAAUUCAAGAAAGUCUGCUCCGUGGCCGCGAUGGUCAUGACGGCGUCGCAGUUCACGACAUGCUGGGCUGUGACGGAACGAGUGCUGGUCUCUAACGGUAGCAAGUCCUCCGAGAAGAGCCAGAGCCUCCUCACCACGAUCUGGCAGAUCUACGAACGAGCCCUCUACGUUCCAGAACGCAUCCAAGCACUCUGCUGGGUACAGUUCUGGUCGUGGAUUGGGUGGUUUCCACUCAUGUUCUACGGCAGCACAUGGGUAGGCGAGAUUUACCUCCGACACGAGGCGCCCAACGCCUCAGGCGACGCGCUCACUCAAGUCGGCCGCAUCGGCAGCAUGGGCCUGAUCAUCCACUCGACCGUCGGCUUCACAACAUCAGUUGUGCUGCCGUGGCUUGUUACAAGCCCAGGAGAUGAAGACCGACCAGGUUAUACUCCACGCCCUCCUGAAAGCAUCAAGGGCAUUGUUGACGUCCCGCUGAUAGGGACCAAGAAGCCUGCCCUCCUCGAUGUCUGGACGGUCGGGUGCGCCAUGUUUGCCGCGUUGAUGAUCUGGGCGCCGAUUGUGCAAUCGGUGGGCUUCGCGAUCUUCUUGAUGGCGAUUCUUGGGAUCCCUUCGGCGAUUGCUGGCGUGGCGGUGGGGACGUUCAUCGGCGUUGAAAUCAACAAGCUCAGCUCAGCGCUGCCUUACACCACUGUUCGAAACGCUGCCAACCAGCGCGUUCGCAUCUCUGAAGAUAUCGAGCUGAGCGGCAGAACCACACCUACCACCCUCCACAUCCGACAAGACUCCAACGCAUCAGCGCCGGACUCCUCAACAGGCGAGCUCAGCGGGAUAUACCUAGGCAUCCUCAACAUCUACACGACCCUACCACAAUUCGUGGGCACCGGCAUUAGUUCGGUGGUCUUCUCGAUCUUGGAGCCCGGCAAGAGUCCAGAACUCGCGACGGAUGCGCAUCCGGAUGAACAUCAUUCGACUGAAGGUCUUAGUGGGAUUGGUGUUUGCUUGUUCAUCGGAGCACUUUCGUCGAUUGUUGCGGCGAAGGCGACUAGACGGCUUAAAGAGUAG